GUUAUUCCAAAACUCGGAAGGCAACUUCUAGAGCCCAAAUACUAGUGCUAAUACUAGAUCCAAUUCGGUUAUUUAUUCAAGGUGUUGGUUUCGGAGAGUUUUCGGAUACAGAGUCGCAGCGGGGAACUCAUUUCCUUAGGACGUUUUCUCCUUGAUUCCCACCCCGGCUCUGGGAAGAUGGUAGAUUCCACUUCCGGCCUCCCCGGAAGUUUCGCGAUGGAGCGAGGAGAAACACCUGAGGAAGAAGGGCAGCCGGGACCUGUUCUGCCUCCCAGUUUGGACCCCAACCGUCUGAAGAAGAGCGAUUGGGGGCUCUUGUUUCCCGGGCUCAUUGGUGGGGCGUUGGUGACACUGUAUGCCGUGGUUACACCGUUUGUCACACCAGCCCUCCGGAGAGUUUGUUUGCCGUUCGUGCCUGCCACUUCGAGGCAGAUCGAAAACGUGGUGAAGAUGUUGCAGCACAGGAGAGGACCCCUGGUGGACAUCGGCAGUGGCGAUGGGCGCAUUGUGAUUGCGGCUGCAAAGGAAGGAUUUCCAGCGGUGGGCUACGAACUGAACCCGUGGCUGGUUUGGUACUCCCGAUACCGUGCCUGGAGAGAGGGUGUGCAUGGCUCUGCCAGGUUUUAUAUUUCAGAUCUGUGGAAGGUCACCUUCGCACAGUACUCCAAUGUUGUCAUUUUUGGUGUGCCCCAGAUGAUGUCACAGCUGGAGAAGAAACUUGAGCUUGAACUUGAGGAUGAUGCUAGAGUUAUUGCCUGCCGGUUCCCUUUCCCACACUGGACUCCAGACCACACUACUGGAGAGGGGAUCGACACCGUGUGGGCGUACGACAUGAGCACUUUCAGAGGACGGGAAAAGAGGUCCUGACCAUGAGCGUCCAGUGUGUCAUCCAGUAGACCUUCACUUUCCUUGGCAUGGAGUGAGAAGUCACCAUUGCUGUCCUCACCUUUUGGAGAAAAUGAAUAGAGCUCAGAAAAACAUUUAGGUUUAAAGGCAGUUUGAUGUAGCCUAGGUUGGCCUUGAAUUUUCUGUGUAGCUGAGGAUGACUUGAACCUCUGAUCCUUCCUCCUCUACCUUCCCAGUACAAUUUGCUCAGUGGAAUAUUUUGAAUGGGUUUACUGCUGUCUCAUACACUAGGGUGCUCAAAGAUAUAAACAACUGAGUCAUGUUUAUGGACUGGAAGGCUGUCAUCUCGAAACAGCGUAGUUGAACGCCGCAUGAAGAGGAAGGGGCACUCAUGCAAAUGCCUACAGUUUCCUAUGGUUUUGUCCAUGAGUGAGAUUUAUCUCCUUUCUGUAGCUUGUAGCUAAAUUGAUUUUCUAAAAGAUAAUAUUUAUAAGGAAUAUUUUGCCCUAAUGUUGGUGGCCCACUGUACUUUACCGAUUGAAUAAUGUAUAUGUACAUGUACAACUGUAUGUAAGCAGACUAUGUGACAUGCACAUGGUUUAAAAUUGGGGAAAUUGUGACAAAUUGCACUUGGCUUUAAUUAGCAGUAUUGUAUGUUUCCUGUCAGUUGCAUUAUCAUGAGUAGUAUCUUAGAUUUGAUGAGGCAUUUAGAGAAGUUCCUUGGCCCAGGGAGAAGUUAGGAAGGGCUUAACAGUGAGUGACUGAGCUUUGGAAUCUGACUGAGUUGCUGUUGUUAGCAGGAGGCCUUGGUGUCUGCCACCAGGACAGUGACACACUGAACACGGUGUUUUUGGCCAGUCAAUGGUGUUUAUGUUUAGACACCGAGGGAAGCUUAUGCAGGGAAGUUACAGAUUAUUUCUGCCAGCCACUUCUCUUAUUUUAUGAGAACAGCCACUUGUGGAACAUUUCUCCUGAGAAGAGACUUGACUGAUUUAGAUGGAAGACAAGUCAGGGAAAGCCUUGGAUUGUGAGUAGACAGGCUUCGUGGACUGAAAAAUGAAUGUUGAAUGGUGUACGGCCGCUCAGCUCAUCUGCUCUUCCAGAGAAAAGAACGAGCUCCGCUCCUAUGCCUGGGACCCAAGUCCCGAGCUGUCCUAGUAGGGAUUUAAUUCUAAGAGAUGGCUGAUAAAAGCAAGAACCGACUGGAGACAAUGGGGCAUUGUCAAAGGGGCAUUCUGUCACUCGCUCAUCACAUGCAUGAUGUCUGUUCCAGCUCUGCUGGUUCAUGAUGAGAAGACACGCCUGGCUCCUGGCCUCCGAAAUGUCUCCUGUAGAAGGCAGAAACAGCGAAUUUCAGUGUGUGUGAACUCCUCUGAAGAAAUGGAAGUGUUGUUUGUUUGAGGAGCCCAUGGAAGGUGUAGGCAUUAAAUCAUUUGUUCACUGUG